CACAGCACCAAUGCAUCACGACAGUCUGCGUGUUCCGAAACUUUUAAAAGAAUCCUCAUUCGAGAGUGUGAAAAAGACCAUCGAGUGUCUUAAGAGGUUGAUUGAAGUAGAACCAUGGACCGAUCUGGAAGAACUGAUAGCUUUGAUUCAUCAACGGUCAAAGAUCUACGCAGCAUCUGCUGCAGAAGCUACCCCGGUCAUUCAUGUUUGUUUGCGGAUAAUCAAAAUUGCACGAGAAGAGGCUUUAAAGUGAGGUUUCCGUCCACACAUUCAACUGUCGAUCUCAGAGAACUCCUUGGAGAAAACGCGGAGUUUGAAGAGAAUUCCACGAAUCGUUUGUUUGCCUCAGGAGAUGUGAAGUAUGAGAAGGUGAAGAAAUCUGCCUUGAUCGAUGGCAUACUUAGUUCCAUCGAGGAGUUUUCGCUGGACAUGGUGUCUUGCUCAGAGAACGUAUCUGAUCUGUCACUAGACUUUAUUCAUUCAGACGAACUUAUACUCACUACAGGAUUUUCUCGAGCUGCUUACCACUUUCUUCGACGCGCGGCUGAAAAGAAACGAGUUUUCAAGGUUGUCGUAUGUGAAACGUAUCCAGAUAAAUUAGGUCACAAGUGUGCUGAUCUUUUGUCUAACGCUGGUAUCAGCGUUAUUCUUGUACCGGAUAGUCACGUGUUUGCUCUGAUGUCACGCGUCGACAAGGUUAUUAUCGGCUGUCGAGCCGUAUUCCCCAAUGGCACCAUCAAAACGACCGUUGGAACCCACAGUAUUCUUCUCGCCGCAAGGCAUUUCUCCAUUCCGACUUACGUAUGCCUUCCACAAUACAAGUUGUCUCCGGUCCCCCUAAGCAUAUCAUCUAGUGCGCUCCCAUCAUUCACCGUCCUUCCAACGGCCGAUCCGAGCAGUUCUUCUGCUGACUGGUUUGACAGUCCAUCCAAACUGCUACAGCCGAACGAUCUUUCCCUCUCCACUGACAUCUUGGCCACACGCUCUCCUUCCACUGGACCUGUUGUGUGGAUGCCCCGUUGGGAACACGUACCACCGGGCUUGGUUAGCCUAUUUCUUACUAACCUUGGAAGCCACGCUCCUUCUUAUUUAUAUGCUUUGGGGCAUGAGUUAUUUCACCCGCUUGAUAUACAACUAGCGGCAUCGACAGAUUGACAUUCGUAUCCAGCCGACUAUCGCUAUAGGUUUUUUCUUCUGCAUAACCCAUUUUUUCCACAUCACCUUAUUUUUUGCUGUCCUUUUGGUUCGUGGUUAUGAGAGUGUAACAUCUUUCUAAGUACAUUAUCUG